AUGCAGACUGCUUCCACAAACAUAUGUGAAAGACUGUUCAAUAAGUCCAUCCAUGAAAUUUCCUUGCUACUAAAUAUUCCACAGUCAACUGUUAGUGGUAUUAUAGCAAAGUGGAAGCAACUGAAAACAACAGAAACUUAGCCACGAAGUGGUAGGCCACAUAAAAUGACAGAGCGGGGUCAGCGCAUGCUAAAGCGCGCAGUGUGCAGAAGUCACCAACUGUCUGCAGAGUCAAUAGCUAAAGACCUCCAAAUAUCAUGUGGCCUUCAUGGAACUUUAUGGAAUGAGUUUCCAUAGCCGAGCAGCUGCAUCAAAGCCUUACAUCACCAAG